AUGGAGGUGGCACUGAGGUCCAUGGGGACACAAGGGGCAGCGCUGCCGCAGGGGGGGAGGGGCGGCUCCUUUGGCCCCUCCCCCCCCUCCCCCCCCCCCCCCCAAUUUAACGCCGCCCCUCCCCCACCCCCCCCCGGUAUUUUCCAGACGCCGGAGCCCGAGCGAGGCCGGAGCCGCGGCGCCGGAGGGCCUGCGCCGCCAUGGGGGGUCACCCGUCCCCGCCGCCCCCCGCCCCGCUCCAGCUCUUCCUCCCCCCCCUCCCCCUCCUCCUCCUCCUCCUCCUGGCCCGCCCCCUGCCCGGCCACCCCCGAGGAGCUGCUGGUGGCCACCUCGGCCGGCGCCGUCCGCGGCUUCCACGUGGCCGCCGGCCCCUCCUCGCGCGUGGCCGCCUUCUUGGGGAUCCCCUACGCCGAGCCCCCCGUGGGACCCCUGCGCUUCGCCCCGCCCCGCCCCGCCCGGCCCUGGGGAGGGGUCCUGGACGCCCUCUCCCACCCCCACGCCUGCUUCCAGCCGGUGGACACCAUGUUCCCCGGCUUCGGCGGCUCCGAGAUGUGGAACCCCAACCGCGAGAUGAGCGAGGACUGCCUGUACCUCAACAUCUGGGCGCGCGCGCGCCCCGAAACGCCGGCGCCGGUGCUGGUGUGGAUUUACGGCGGCGGCUUCUACAGCGGCGCCGCCUCGCUGGACGUCUACGACGGGCGCUUCCUGGCGGCGGCCGAGGGGGUUUUGGUGGUCUCCAUGAACUACCGGGUGGGCGCUUUGGGGUUUUUGGCGCUGCCGGGUCACCCCGGCCCCGGCAACGUGGGGCUGCUGGACCAGCGGCUGGCGCUGCGUUGGGUGCAAGCCAACAUCGCGGCGUUCGGCGGCGACCCCGGCGCGGUGACGCUGUUCGGCGAGAGCGCCGGCGCGGCCUCGGCGGGGCUGCACCUGCUGUCGGGGGGCAGCCGCGCCCUGUUCCGCCGCGCCGUGCUGCAGAGCGGCUCGCCCAACGGGCCGUGGGCCACCGUGGGCGCGGCCGAGGGCCGGCGGCGGGCGGCGCGGCUGGGCCGGCUGGUGGGCUGCGGCGGCGUGGGCGCGGGCGCGGUGACCAACGAGACGGAGCUGCUGGCCUGCCUGCGCGCCGCGCCGCCGCCGCAGCUGGUGGAGCACGAGGCGGCCGUGCUGCCGCAGCAGGGCGUCUUCCGCUUCGCCUUCGUGCCCGUGGUGGACGGCGAGUUCCUGGCCGACACCCCCGAGGCGCUGCUGGGCGCGCCGGGCCGCGCCGAGGCCGAGGUGCUGCUGGGCGCCGUGCAGGACGAGGGCACCUAUUUCUUGGUGUACGGCGUGCCGGGUUUCGGCAAGGACAACGAGAGCCUGAUCAGCCGCGAGGAGUUCCUGGGCGGCGUGCGGCUGGGCGUGCCGCAGGCCAACGAGCUGGCGGCCGAGGCCGUGGUGCUGCAGUACACCGACUGGCUGGACCAGGACAACCCGGUGAAGAACCGCGAGGCGCUGGACGACAUCGUGGGCGACCACAACGUGGUGUGCCCGCUGAUGCACUUCGCCCAGCGCUGGGCCGAGCGCGGCGGCACCGUCUUCGCUUAUCUGUUCGACCACCGCGCCUCCAACCUGCUGUGGCCGCCGUGGAUGGGCGUGCCGCACGGCUACGAGAUCGAGUUCGUCUUCGGGCAGCCGCUGAACCCUGGGCUCAACUACACGGCCGAGGAGGAGGCGCUGAGCCGGCGCAUCAUGAGAUACUGGGCAACUUCGCCCGCACCGGGUACGGCCCGGGAUGGAGAGGGGUUGAGUUGGGUUUGGUUGAGUUUGGUUGAGUUGGGAUGCGUUAGAACGGGAUGGGGUUGA